AUGAACUUCGACCUCUGCAACCACAUGCUGCUCAGCAGCGACAAGUCCGAGAACGAGCCGCAGCCCGGUUCGGACGCCCCCGCCCCCCUCCGCCGAGAGUUCCAGCAAGCUCUGAGGAACACCCUCCUCAGCCCCAUGUCCGGAGGACCUUCCAAGGGCGACCGCGGUAGGAGCGGGAGCAGCGUGGGGGGAUCCCCGCGAGUGCUUUCGUUCACGGAGCGCCCACCGCUGCCGCAAGAUCGGUACACGAACGUCCUCAAGGUGCUGCACACCAUGAGCAACACGUCCAUCGCCCGCGCGUCCUUGGGCAGGAGCAUCCCCUCCGCACCGCUGCGCAUCCUCGACGCGCCCGACCUCGUGGACGACUACUACCUCAACCUCAUCUCGUGGGGACACAACAACGUGCUAGCCGUUGCUCUUGGGCAGGCUGUCUACCUCUGGAACGCGGCCACGGGAUCGAUCGAGCACCUCCUCACACUCCCCGACCCGCACGACUUCGUCACGAGCGUGGCGUGGAUGGGCAGAGACGGCGGAGACUUUCUGGGCGUGGGCACCAACCACAGCGCCGUCCAGCUGUGGGAUGCGUCCAAGCUCAGACAGGUUCGGACAAUGUCGGGUCACUCGGCCCGCGUGGGCACCCUCGCCUGGAAGCGACACGUCCUCAGCUCGGGCUCCAGGGACAGCAGCAUCAUCCAGCAUGACGUCAGGAUGCCCAACCACAAGAUGGCUACCUUCAUGGGACAUGAGCAGGAGGUGUGCGGACUGAAGUGGUCGCCGGACGGCAACACUCUCGCAUCGGGGGGCAACGAGAACUUCCUCUGCCUGUGGGAUGCCAGCAUGAGCGGGAGGGGGGGAGCAGGAGGCAGCGGGGGUGGCGGUAGCAGCGGCGGCCGUUCGUCCCUUGUCCACAGGCCUCGAAGGACCCUAGUGCAGCACCAGGCGGCGGUGAAGGCUUUGGCGUGGUGUCCGUCCCAGAGGCACUUGUUGGCGUCUGGCGGGGGCACGGCUGACCGGACUAUCAAGUUCUGGAACACGGCCAACGGUGCGAUGCUCAACUCCGUCGACACCGGAAGCCAGGUGUGUUCCCUUCAGUGGUCUCAGCACAAUAAGGAGCUCGUUUCUUCUCACGGCUUCAGCGAGAACCAGCUGUGCCUCUGGAAGUACCCGAACAUGCUCAAGAUCAAGGAGUUCAGGGGCCACACUUCGAGGGUGUUGCAUAUGGACACCUCCCCGGACGGCUCGACGGUCGUGUCCGCGGCUGCCGACGAGACCCUGAGGUUUUGGGACAUGUUCGGGUCCCCGCCAAACGCCAAGGCCCGCGGGAAGGGGGCGGGCCACGGCGGCGGCGGCGUUGGCGGCGCGGGGUCGUUGUCGAGCAUGCACAACCUGCGGGGUUGCAUGGCCAGUCGCCUCAAGUUCAACGUGUGCACUCUUGUCUUUAUACACGUACAUACGCGUGCAGCAAAUCGCUUUCUUCGGUUUCCGUCGACCCUAAACUAUCCUCCUGCUCUCCUGUGCCACAAACGACGGGACGACUGCUUGCUGCUAUCGGUUAGGUGGGGGUGUCGAAGCGAGAGAGGAUGCAUCUUUCUCGCUGCCGUGACGGACCACGCCCCCGCCCGAAGUUUUCGCAAGAGGCGACGGUGCAAAGUUGCUAAAUGCCAAAAUCUAGCAAAAGACUCUCAGCCCGUGGUCACGAAAGUGCUAGAGCCAUCUGAGGAUCUAAAGAACACGCACACAUCUGACGAGAAAAAGGUAUGCAAGAGCCCGAAGAGGUACACCUAAAAAUCCCUGCAGCACCGUAUGCGUGCCCAAAAACUGAACUGCACGUCCGUCCCACCGUUCGACUACAGUAGCAUCACCCCCUCCCUGUCCCACUCUAUACCAAAACGGAAGAUUGCCGACUACAGCAUAAUGCUGUCUGAAGUGCUGUCUG